UCAGGCCCAUUUAACGUAACAGGCAGAUUCUAACUCUCAUGGCUCUUCAUCUCUCCCUCCUCCUCCUCCUCAUCAUCUUCUACAGACUCUCAGCAGGUAAGGUGGGGCAUGUGUCUGUGCAGACAGGAGGCUCCAUCACCUUCCCAUGUCGCUAUGAUCUGAAUCACAUCAACCAUGUGAAAUACUGGUGUAAAGGAUUAGGUUGGGAUGUAUGUUCUUAUGUAGUACGCACUGACCAUCCUAAGAGCAGUGGUAAGACCUCAAUCUCUGAUGACAUCAACAAGAGAAUCUUCAYUGUGACCAUGACUGACCUGACGUCAUGGGACUCUGAGAAUUACAGGUGUGUUGUGGAGAUCAAUAGAGGACCAGAUAUCAUGAUACAAYRGUUCWACCUAUCUGUCACUCCAGGUACUCCAGAACUCUAUGUGGAACAACAGGAAGUGACUGGAGUAGAAGGAGGGAGUGUCACUGUCYGUUGUUACUAUAGUAACUCUGGAKRUAUGAAGUGGUGCAGGAUGGGUGGUGAUUGUGUGAUGUGGUAUUCUGGGACUUUACAUGGAACAUCAGUGACAUUAAAGCGGACUAGUGAAGCCAACAACAGAACAGUCUUAACAGUGACUAUGAGUGGACUGAAGAUGGAGAACACUGACUGGUAUUGGUGUAGAGUGGGAGAACUAGAGAUGCCUGUUCACAUCACUGUCAGUCAACAAACUGCAACACAGAGAACCUCUAAGAUGUCCUCAUCAACCCAAGAUCCAACCCCUCAACAACCCUCUGCCUCUCCAACUGCUGGGUCUGUUCAGACUGACAACACAAGUCAAGGAGCUGAGGGGAACAUGGAGGAAGUCCACCAGAGGUCCAUAGAUGUGAAAGUCCUACUCAUCUCUCUGGGCAUGUUGGUGGUGCUGACAGCUGGUAUCCUAGUAACAUGGAAGAUGUGGAGAAAGCAUAAAGACAAUAAAGCCGAGAACCAGCCAAUAAUCACCUCAGCGGACCCAUUUCCUGACAAUGAUGAUGUAACGUACAGUACUGUCGUCCUAAAGAGGAAGACCCAGCAAAAGUUACAGACCAAGUCAGCAGAACCAGAUGAUAAUGUGGUCUACAGCUCACUAGCUCUACAGGUGACCACACAGGUCAGUGUUGGUGUCUCCUCUGUCUGUUGUACCAGAUGAUGCUGAUCUCUCAACAAAGAUACAGACAACACCACAUYACUAUGUGUAGUAAACAUCAAUCUUUAAAGGUCGACUUUGGGCAAAWMCUCACAAAUAACGAAUUUCAACUGUAUAACUGAUCAAUGCACCAUCAUACCAGGUCAUUUAAUGCUUAAAAACAAAACAUA